CUGAUGAAGAAGACAAUGAUGAUGGUGUUUGUGACGGUGGCGAUAAAGAUCCUUGAGAGGACAAUCACAGUAAUGAUGAUGAUGGAGCAGCUGACGGUACAUGAUUAUCAUGUUUUCUCACAGGGUCAGAGGUCACGGCUCAUCAGCUGUUCAUUUCUCAGCUGACAUUUUCUCUGCUGAUGAGCAGUAGCUGUAAAUCCCACUCAUCUUCAACAUAGGUUUGUCAUUGUCACCCUCAUCAUCAUCGCAUUUAUCAUCAGCAGCAUCAUUUUAAAUAUUAUUUUGAUGAUAGUAACCCUCUCAUCUUCAUUGCUGCAUCUGUCAUCAUCACCGUCACUGUAUUUGUAUCUCCGUCCACAAAAUGGUCCUCACGUCUCAUCAUCACAACCAUCGGUUAAGGCUUAAGUUAAUGUGACGUUUAAAAACGAUCGUCUUCAAAAAAGAAGAAUGACCCCAAAAAGUGACAGACCCACGAUACACCAGGAGAAUGACUGACACCUCCAUCUCAGCAUUAGUAGAAUAAAAGUCAUGACUGCUGUGGUUUGUAGAUUAGUGCUGUGUUCAGGUGGAGGUCGGGUGGUGGUGAUGAAGCUCUAAAUCUUCAUAUUGUUCCCACGGGAGCCAUUGUUUUAUGCUCAUGUGUUUCAGCAGCUGUCAGUGAGAACAAGAGCUCAGAAUGAAUGAGACCGGGGGGUGCUGAAGAACCAGGCCGACAUUGUUCUAACACUGCAGUUUGUUACGGGGACUGGAGGAGGAGGAAAGGAAAGGAAAGGCAAGGCAAGAGUCAGACAGAAAUCAAUGCACACAGCUGUCACCAGGAUUUAAUUUCAUCAAUAAAUCCUUGAUCUGCAGCUAUAAAACUCAACGCCCCCUGUUGCUAGAACACUUAUAUAACAGGCUCAACCUGCAGGAUGAAAAACUGACUUCAACAUUUAAAAAAAAGAUAUAGUGAAUUCUACAAAUGUGUGUAAACCACUAACUCCGUCACACACAAGUCCAGAGAGAAAUUAGUAAUUGUUUGUUCACUGGGACAAAGGGGAUGCUGGACCACUGCUGCCUCCUGUGGUCAGUUUUAUAUACAUUAAAUAAGAAUGUGGUAUUUGCUGGAAGCAUGGUUAGCUACACAUAAAACAGAGGCAAACAAAGCAUUAGUAUAAGGCAGGACAGAAAACAAUAUUCUGUGCAAUGAUUUCUUGAAAAUGUCUUAUGACAAUUGAACUGUUCUGGUCUCUGCUUCACUGUUUGUGUUUUCAUAUCCUCAGCUCAGUUUCCCAUCUUCCCUCCAUAUACAGUGCAAUCCAUCCAUCUUUAAUCAGCAGCACUGCUGCCACUUCCUCUCCUCUGUGUACAGCUGCCAUUUCUACAGGAAGAGGAAAUCCCUCUCCGCCCCACCCCCCACUGCAUCUGCUCAAUAAUUCAGCAGAAGAACUACCAGUCCAAAUAUUCUAGGAGCCGAGUCUCUGUUCUCCAAGUGCGAAUAUCCCUCGGCAGCUCGACACACUGUCGUUCAUUUAAGGGUGUCGAUUAAGCCUCCCUCACUCGCAGUCGGUCACAGAGUCCGGGAGCCAGAUCAGGCGAACUGUCUCCAGCUGUGGGAACGCAUUUCUAGUUUCACCUGCACGAGACUCUGAACCAGGAGCAGCACAAGGUCCAGGAUCGUAAGGUCUCCCUUAAAGAAAGAAAGAAAAACAAAACACUUUUUGCGCAAACCUUGCGCGUAAGUGGCACGAGUCUGUCCAGGUCUUAAGACUCGGACUCGCUGUUGUUGUUGAAGUGUUCUUUUAUUAGAAGUUUUUUUUCUUCUUCUCUCUCUCCGCGGGGUUGCUUUAAGCGGACUCGCCUUUGGUGGAUCGGUCAGAGGAGCCGAGAGAGAGAGCUGCGACUGGAGCCACUGCUGCCCCCCUUUGGACCUGGUUCUGGUGUUGGAUGCAGGGCAUGGAUUUUUGGAUUCCUGCGGUGUAAAAGCAGAAGAAGAAGUUGCUCCAGACGGAAAGACAAUGACGGUGAGGAGGAUGAGGAGCAGAGCAGGAAGCCGCUGAGGGGUAAAUAAUUCAGCUGAAAGUGAAGGUGAGGAAUUUGCUGCUCGGAGGAUGCUCUUUUGGAAGGGGGUCUCUACAUUUUUGCUGGCCCUACUGGUCCUAAUGGACCUCCAGCUGCUCGCCGGACGAUCUCACCCGCACAGACGUCAAACCCGAGGUCAUCACGAAGGCAGGGCGCGGCAGAACAUCACACUGGCCAUCAUUUUACCUCAGACCAACACAGAAUACCCAUGGGCAUGGCCUCGCAUCGGCCCUGCCCUGGAGCGGGCGGUUCAAACUGUCAACGCCGAUCCCACCCUGCUGCCGAACCACCACCUGACCUACGCUUUCAAGAACAGUGAGGACAAGGACGGUAUCUGCUCGGAGUCCAUCGCCCCGCUCAUGGCUGUUGACCUCAAAUUGGCCUUUGACCCCUGGGCCUUUAUUGGCCCUGGCUGCUCCUACACCUCCUCGCCCGUGGGUCUCUUCACCACCCACUGGGAUGUCCCCAUGGUUACAGCCGGAGCUCCGGCCGUGGCCUUCUAUGGCGGCGUCUACCCAUCUAUCACCAACACAGGCCCUACCCACAAGAAGCUGGGGAAGUUCGCCCUGAGGAUUUGCGAGCACUUUGGCUGGAGGGAGCAUGUGAUGCUCAUGUUCAGCGACAACAAGGUGGAUGAUCGUCCCUGUUACUUUGCCGUGGAGGGUUUGUACACAGAGCUGAAGAGCAUCAACAUAACCCUGGUGGACAGAGUGUUUGAGGAGAACAAACUGCCCAUCAACUACUCACAGAUCCUGGCUGACACCCAGAACGACGCCAGAGGUGAGUCCAGCGGAGAGCCGCAAAUGAAUGUCAAGUGUGUGUCUGUGAGUGUGUCAGAACUAAAAGCAGACGAUGUGUUUUACAGUUUUUCUGAGUCUGACAUCCCAAGAUCAUUUUGAGGAUAUUUUAAAGAUUAUUUUUACAAUGAUUUCUUAAAUGUAAAGGUGGAAUUUUAUGAGCUACCAGGUUAGGAUCACCUUACAUUUGAAUAAAUAAUAAUAAAAUGAAUUAAUCAUAAUUCGAAUUUAAUCUCUUUUCGUCAACUAAAAUGCUACAGCCUCUUUUUUUUAUACAUUUACAACUCUAUUCCCAUAAAAGAAAGUCUUCUAAAAAUAUACCGCUUUAAUUAGAAAUGAAU